AUGUCGGAUCCUUGUACUGUUCGUCCCCACUCAGAAUCUACCGAUGUUUCCAAAGCUAAAAAUAGCUUUUGGAACACUUCGUCACCUGCAUCGUCAUCGUCCAAUAACGGAAUAAAGAGAAAUGUGCCUUUGAAAGCUAAUGGUUCAUUAGAUAUCCUUGAAGUGAUAAAGUCAGCCGUACAUAUUUUUGACAAGGAUACUAUUGAAAUAGGUUCUUCCCGCUCGUAUAAAAGCUCAAAACAUCUACGAAUAGAUUAUGAGCAAUAUUCAACUUUUCUUCCUAUCAACGGAAAUCUUUUCAUAAUUAACAAAAUCAAAAUAUACUAUGAGGGAGAUUUGGAUGCACAAUCUAUAUUGGAAGCCUUUUAUGAACAUCUUCUCAUUAGUGAUGAUAAUUCACUUAUUAAAGAUCACGAUGGAAGUCUUUUAAAAGUUUGA